AUGAGCGAAGGAGGCGAGCGUCCUUGGAGCAAAAAAGUCACGUGCACCGCUCAACAGGUGGCGCCGUGGGCCCUUGGCGCUUUCGGCGUUGGAAAAAAGACGAUCGCGUUCCACAUUCGAAUUCUUCGCUUCCCCUUGCCCCGCGCGUUCGUUCCCACGCGCGGGGGCACGUCCGAGCACCUUGCACCGCGCGCCUUUAUGAAUGGCGCUUCCUCGUCCCGCUUAACACAAAUGUCACGACGCCCCGACGAGCCGGAAAACUCUCUUUUCUUCCUCAAUUGCCGGCACAAACCGCCAAAGCAAAAUAAACCU